GGAUAUCCAAAAUGGUACCAACCACUUCUCUGUAGCCCUUUUUGUGGGCUUCGUUGUAUGAUGGAAAGCCUAGAGAGCAAUUUUGGCUAUCUGAGCUUAAGAGAUGCGUCCCAACCACUGUCUGAUCCAUCAUGCUUUUACUCAAACGAGCAAGUUUUUAAGGCUUAUGGGAGUCUCCCAGCCAAUAGUCAUAGGCGAAAUGCUACUCGAAUAUCUCGCUAUGGGAAUGGAGAAAGUGUCACACAACAGUCUAGUGGUUAUCCUGUAUUCAAUCAGUGGAAUCCUAUUCACAGAUUUGACAACAUUGGUCUUUUCGGCCCCCCACCCCUAAUCUUUGAAAGUGGAACAACAAAUCAUGGCGUUGUUCAGAAUUCAGUCAACAAACAGUAUAAUGACAAACAAAUGUGGUCUAAAUCUUUGAAGAAGAGUGAAUAUGAAUUGUUUGACCAACCCAAACGUGGUUUAAACUUUCAGCUGUAUGAUAGCAUACCGGUUACUCAAUCUGGACCUAACUGGACUCCUGUAGAACCUAUAAAAUCAUUCAAUGAUGUUGAACUUCACCAAAUAAUCAAGGAAAAUGUGACCAGGGCUCAAUAUAUACACCCUACACCAGUGCAAAAGUAUGCUUUGCCAAUUAUCGCUGCAAAACGUGAUUUGAUGGCAUGUGCUCAAACAGGUUCUGGAAAAACGGCAGCUUUUUUGCUCCCAAUACUCAAUAUGCUGUUUGAAGAUAACCACUGUGAAAAUUCAGAUGCAUCGGCACUCAAUUGUACCGCAUGUCCUGUAGCCUUGAUCCUUGCGCCGACAAGGGAGUUAUCUUCUCAAAUUUAUGAUGAAGCCCGAAAAUUUUCGUACCGUUCCAACAUUAAGCCGUGCGUAGUCUAUGGUGGGGCCUCCAUUCUUGCCCAAAUACGGGAAUUAUCCCACGGUUGUAACCUUCUUGUUGCAACCCCUGGGCGUCUUGUCGAUAUGGUGAGCAGGGGUAAAGUGAGUCUGGAACAAAUCAGAUUUUUUGUCUUGGAUGAAGCUGAUCGAAUGCUUGAUAUGGGCUUUGAACCACAGAUUCGUCGAAUAGUCGAACAACAUGGAAUGCCACCAGCUGGGAAAAGACAGACUUUGAUGUUUUCUGCAACAUUUCCAAAAGAAAUUCAGACACUUGCGAGGGAUUUUCUGCACUCUUACAUAUUUCUGGCUGUUGGACGUGUCGGUAGUACCAAUGAGAACAUUAUUCAAGAAGUUUUGAACGUAGCUGAUAAAGAUAAACCUGAUAUGUUGGUUCGACUACUUCAAGGAAAAGAUCCGGAUGGCUUGGCUUUGGUAUUUGUUGAAACUAAACGUGGAGCUGAUGUUUUGGCUAAAUUUUUAUGCCAGUUAAAUUUUCCAGUCACAUCAAUUCAUGGUGAUCGCCCUCAGACCGAACGAGAACAUGCACUUCAAUCUUUUAGAUCUGGUCGUACUCCCAUUCUUAUUGCUACGGCAGUUGCUGCUCGAGGUUUAGAUAUACCGAAUGUUAAGCAUGUGAUUAAUUUUGAUCUACCGUCAGAUAUUGAGGAGUAUGUUCAUCGCAUUGGUCGUACAGGUAGAAUGGGCCAACCAGGCUCUGCGACGUCAUUCUUUUCUGAGAAAAAUCAGAAUGUGGUAAGAGAUUUGGUUGAAUUGCUUCGUGAGUCUAAACAAGCUGUACCACCGUGGCUAGAAGCACGUGUUGCUUAUCCAUCAGGAUCAGCGAGUCGUCGCAAUAAAAACAUAAAUAAUAACGUUAGUAAAAAGAAUCGGGUUAAUUAUUGUUCAUUUGACUAUCGACAGUAUGGUAAUCGAAGUAUUAGCUAUGUCGGUGGGUCCUUGCCAAUGAAUAACAAUACCAAUAACAAUAGUAAUUUACCGAAUGGUGGACUUGGACUACUUGGAAACUGUUCAUUGUCAUUCCCUAUUGCUAGUAAUCCUAGACAUCUGCAAAAUAAUACUUACAAUCCAUUAUUUCAGCCUGGUCAAAAUCAACAGUCUAAUAAAGUUUUCUGUAAAAAUAAUUCUAAUUAUGUCAAUCGAGUAAAUACGUUUACAGGAACACAUGAACAUCAAAAUAAUUCUUUAUCAGCAUCUGUUUCUUUAUUUCAUCAUCAGCCUAGACUUCAACAUCCACAACCAGCAACACUUAUGCCUGGAACCAAUCCAAAUGCUGCAGUUCAUCAGUUUUUAGCGGCAGCUGUUGCAGCUGGAAUUCAUCCUCUACCAUCUAAUGGUACAAAUAUUAAUGAUGGAAAUUUAACAACUAUGAGUAAUGGAGGUUUUCGAAAUCCACAUGUUCAUCCAACAAAUGGUGCACCAUUUGCUACACCUACCUAUCAGGCUUUCCAUCCAGCUGCUGUUUUUCCUUCAUCGAAUCAAGUUCCAUCACAAUCUGUUUCUUCUAAUGGUCGAGAUGGCUCUGGAACUGUAGUAUUUCCACCUGCUGGUCUUUAUCAUACAGGUAAUUUGAAUGGAACUAAUACACUAAACUCAACAAGUUCAGCCAAUCAUCAAACUUUACAACAGGCUCAUCCAACUACAGCACUUAUUCAGACUGGUUAUCCUGUUCAGUAUUACCCUCAAAAUCAACAACAUUUUUGUCCUGUAUCCAAUGGAAUUCAGCGUCAUUCACCUCAACAACAACACCAACAACAAGCUGUAGUCGCAGCUGCAAUGGCUGUUGCAGCCGCAAUGAAUAAUGGUAUUCAACCGAAUAAUGAGAACUGUAAUGCAUAUAUAUCUCAGCAUUCUCAAAUCGAAUGCAAUAUUCCACUUGAUCCUGUCACAGCAUCUAGUCCAUCUGCACAAAUAUCUAAAGGUGGAUCUGUUAUUCAACCGGUGUUUAGAAAUGAUGGUGACUGGUGGACAUCGGCCACACCAACAUAAUUAAUAUUAUGAAGUUAGGCACCAUUUGAUUUAAACAAUGUCAUAGUGAUUUUGUUUACAAUUAUUUAUGCAUUCACAUGUUUUGAAGUGCUUACUUUAAUUAGACAUUUGACUUUUGUAUUAAUGUUUCACAUUGAAUGGGUCUACAGUAUACAUGCAUGCUCGCCUACAAAUAAAUUCAUUGUUAAUUGAGUACAAUUUGUCUUUAUAAGUUUAUAUAAAUCUUACUUAGUUGUUUAGCCAGUCAUUCUUACGUAACCAAUUUUCUCCCUUAUUCUAAUUACUGUCAUCAGUAAUAUAUGACUUCAGUUGUUUACUAUUUUAUCAUUAUUUCCUCAUUGUGUCUCCCUACUAGGUACUAGUUGUUUUUUAUUAUUAUAUGUGUUAUGUUGUCUUUUGUCCUACUAUUUUGAAUUGUAUGCAUGUGUGUUUGUUCAUGUGAAUUCCUUGUUUAUGGGUACAUCCACAUUCUCUAUUCCAACAUUCAUUAGCUAAUUUAACGAAAAAACACUUCACAAGUGCUCCUGGAUAUAUAUGCAUAUAUAUCAACGUUGGAGAAAAGUCGGUCAACUAAUUCCCUGUGUGUCUAUAUUUUCUUAUUACUCCUUUUUCCUGUUUUCUCUUUUUAUACUACUGAUUCUCGUGCUACUAUUAUCUUUAAUACCAUAUUCAUAUUCACUUUUUCCCUUUUGUAUUUUUCUCAUUUUAAGAGCUCUUUUUUGUUGAGAAUGCGCCUCCUCACUGUUUUCAAGCUACCAUUGUUAUUAUUAUUAAUGAUAAUUAUGCUGUACACAAUUACGAAUCACCAUUCUAAAUGUAUGAAUUUUUGUACAGUUGCGAUACUAUCAUUAGUUUGUUUUUUUCUUUUCAUUAUUUGAAGUAGAAUUUACAUUCAUUUAACAACUACAUACAAUUUGUAUGCACACUGACACAUGCACUAAAUACAUAGGAUUUUCACGGAAUAUUAUGCAUAAUGUAGUAUUAAGAUUGUACCAUAUGUGACUUGUGUUGUCCAUCUAUCUAUCAUAUUAUUUGUUUGUUGUUUUCAUCUGUCAUUCAAUUUGUCAUCUUUCUCAUUUCAUUCGCUUAGGAUAAUCGUCAUCUUGUUUUACUUCUACCAUUAUAUUUCUUUUCAUUUUUGGUUAGUUCAUGUUUCAUCCAAAAUUAUGCUAUUUUCUUUUAUAUGUCAAUGAUUAUAUUCUUUCCUAGUUCGUGUAAAAAUCAAGUAUAUACUGUCCAUGUGCUUUCCUCUGCUGUGUCUGUGUGUAUACAUGUGUUUCAACAGAUGAUUAUAUUUCUAUUUUGUCGUUACAUCGUAUAAAGUCAUCAAAGUGUUUAUACAUUUAUAUUGGAUAAGGUCUUCAUCAGUGUGGUGUUGACAUAUAUACUACCACUACUACUCUUAAAUUCCAAUGAAUUUUAAUCGCAACUCAGGGCCAUUGUGUUUAGAAUAGAAAAGUAAGUUACGUGAACUUGUAUUUAAAAGCUGAAAAGAGUAAACAAGGGCGGAGGAUAUUCGUUUGUGAAAUUAUUCUCUUUUUUUUACAAAGACAUUCUCUUCAAACGCUUUUGAUUACCCUUCGUCUUACACUUCUCUCCUUAAUCUAGACAUUUUUUCUAUUCUGUUCUUGUCUGUUACACAGGUGGUUUUACAUUUUCUAUUUGAGAAAUCUUUCCCAUUGUUAUAAAAGACGCCUUGUUCUUCAUGAUUGAAUUAAUUGUGGUGAUAUUCUUAUACUGGUUACCUUCGUUGAUACAGCACUACUUAUUGUCAAUGGGCAAAUGUAAAUUAGCUAACAUUUUUUUUGAAACUUGUUUUGUUAAUCUCUCCUCUUCAGUUUAUAUUAAUACUACAUCAUUACACUGUCUUUUCUUUUCCAUUGUUUGCUUUUGCCACAUUAGUAACAAUAAUGCUAAUAAGUAUGAAAACAACAAUUAUCAAGGUUAAAACAAUAAUCUAUAUAGAUUAGUAAUGUUAAUCUUGUUAAUUAAAGGAACCAAAAUGUCAUGGUUGAAUUUUGUUGAUAUAUUUCCUUACAUUUACUUCAUAUGGUUAUUGGAGUCAUUAUAAAUGGAUUAAUCAUAGCGUAUAGAUUGCUGUGGUAUUACGCUUCUCACCGACGUUUAAUAUAAGAAGUUGAGUGAGUGUCUAGCUUUUAUUGAUAAAGUUUUCUACAUCAUACAUGCUUAUGACAGGAGUAGCGUUUCACCAAUGAAAUUCCUACGUUUUAUAAAUUUUGUAUGGUUGCGUUUUAGCUUUAUUGACUCGAAUUCCAUUCAUAAUUUUACAAAGCUAUGAGUAAUCAAGCCAGAAAACUAAAUUACAUAGCUUGACAUUCCUUUAACGUCUAAUUGGAAUCCUGAAAGCUAACUGAAUAAGACGUGGAAUAUUUCAAGUAAUCCAAUAUUCUUUUACACAGUAUUACAGCUUUAUUCUCAUACGGUCGGUCCACAUUACGUUGACUUAGCG